ACGUUUCAUCACAACUUUUAUCAAUGGUUCGACUAUUUUUUUCAAACUUCGGUUUAUGGAAAUAAACAAAUCGAUAGAGUUGGAUAUUGAGGUAAAAUUAGAGAAGGGUGAGGUCGUUGAAAAGAAAAAAUAUGAAGGUUGCAUUAGGUGUUUGGAUUUGCAACCUAAAGUUAAGAAUUUGAAAAAGAAAUGUACAACGUCGAAAUCAGAAGAGAAGAAAAGUGCUCUUCAAUUUCUCGAAAGUAAGCCUAGUUUCUCCACAAUUUAAUAAAGUUGGCGUCAAGGACGAAGUGACUCCUUAUUUGAAAGCACGUUGACGAUGACUACAAAAGAUAAUAUUAAAGCAACGAAACCAGUUUGAAGUUCCACUUUGCAAGAGAUGAAACUACCAUAAUAUGAAAACAACUACCUAAUUCCAAGAAGAAACUACUAGAAGUAGUUCUACUGAAACAAAUUGCUUCUGUACAGAAAUGAAAUUCCCUACUUGAAAGCAUGUUAUGGAGGACUACAACAUUUAGUAUUAACGGAAAGAAAGCAGUUUGAAGUAAUAUCAAGCUGACACCUAGUUCACAAGUAUGUCAUCCCAUAUAAGCAGUGCAAAAAAUGAAGGCAACGCAUUAAAUAUAGAAAUUUUCACUUUGCAAGAGAUAAAACUACGACAGUAGUACUAUCUCAAGCAUUUCAAACCUAGGUUACAUAUAUUACUACCUAUGCUUUACGGAAACACCAUAUAUAAUGUCAACGCAUGUUUCCUUUUGCAUUUCAUUUGAUCACACCAUUUAUAGUUUUGCUUAACGCAAUUUUUGUAACUAUCUAUGAUGGACAAAUAUAUCACAAAUAAUAUGAAAGAUAUAUUCUUUCACUAUAUUUAUUAUGUUCUCUUUUUAGUUUUUACUGACGAGAUUUGCAAUUUAAUUGAGUGCUUCGAUUUUAUAUUUAUACAACAUAAUUUUAAGCCUUCAAUUCCAGUCUGUACAAAGGAUAACUGUACCGAAGACUUAGCAUUAUUAGACCUCCAACAAAUAGGUUUUUCAUGGUUUAACUUAGUAGCAGAACAUUUCCUAUGCAACCAAAGGAUAAGCCAUUACAAACCUACUUAUAUAGCCAGCAAAACAUCUUCAAGGCUUCUUAUAUAUGCAUGUGCGAACAUGCAUUUAUACGUGCUUUGUUGUGGGCGUAUAGUGCACUUCAUGAUAUGGAAAAAGGUAAUAUAAGUAGCAGCAAGUGAAACUAACAAGAAUAAUUCAAAUUAAUAUGGGAUCACCUAUGUGAAUUCUUUAAAGUCAACUAUUGGCUAUUGCUACAUCUAAUGGAAAAUCCAAUUAAGUUUCAACCAGUCAUGUUAGUUUUCGUAUGUUCCUUCAUCACUCUUAAAAAUAUAUAGAAGCCUCUUUGGGGGAGCAUCAAAAGGAUAUAAAUUAGGAGAACUAUAUUGUGAAGCUUACACAGGAUUAGAGCAAUUGACGGAUUUUUCUUUUGUUGUCAACAGCUUGUGAAUAAUAAUGUCAAUUUGAUGAACAAAACUGGAAAAUUAAUGAUGCAAUGGAAGAUUACAAAUGAUGCUAAAAUAAAGAAUUCCAAAUCUUUCAUUUUUAAUGAUGAAUAUCUUAUCACUUAAUAAUGCAUAUCCACAAUAUAGAUUAUAUGAAAAAAAUUUAAAUUGUAAAUCUCUUGUAACAAAAUAAUGAUCAAUGACAAUGUCAGAACCUUAAUCGCUCAGAUACGCACAAUCACUCCUCAUUACAUACAUUUUCCUUAAAGAGGAAAGAAAAUCCUAGCACCAGAUAAUUUUCUAUAUAUCUUUGUGAAAACUUUGUCAAUAAGUUUAAGUAAUAUAUCAAGCCAAAAUUAUAAAAAACAAUUAAAGAAUCUGGCUGUAGGCGCUGAGAUCUCGCUUUUUGCUAUUCUUAAGCCUUCUUUCUAAAAGAUGUUCGAAAAAGCCACUUCUCUCUCUUAUAUAAUGGCCAAUGUAGCAACGAAGACAUCAUAGGUCAUUUGAGUUUUAUUAUUGUUUGAUAUCAUACUUGCGCAUUUGAGAGGUGACUAGCUGAUUCCAUCAAAAGGUACUCACAGGACAACAAAGGUAUGUUGAUACGUAGUACUAGUACAAUGGAUAAAAGAAUAGCUCUUUUCCUUUAUUACUACUGUUUAACACUGUCUAGGACUCCUAACCAGUUACACUUUGAUAUGCUUUAGUGAACUUCUAACAUUUUAUCAAGGAUCCAAUUUUUGCCAAGGAUCAAAUUGGCUAAAAUGGUGUUAGUAUUUUCCAGGAUAAAUGACAAGCAAGAACAUCUUGACUUUGGGACAGACAUUCUCCGUGCUUAUUGUGGAUGAUGAUAAAAUUAUUCGAAGAAUUCAUAAGGUGCUUUUGAAUAAAUUUGGAUGUGAAAGUCAUGCGGUUGAAAAUGGAAAAGAAGCAGUUGAUCUUUAUGUCUCUGGAAAACAUUUCGAUCUUAUUCUUAUGGAUAAGGAAAUGCCAGUCAUGGAUGGACCUAAGGCAACACGAGAGCUUCGAGCCAUGGGUGUCAACAACAUGAUUGUAGGAGUGACCUCACGGGGGUUGGACUCAGAGAAACAAGCAUUCACAGAAGCUGGUCUUGAUUACUGUGUCCAGAAACCACUAACCUCCGAAACAAUCACCUCUCUGCUACAAGAGCUAGUCAAGAAAUACAAAAUCUAAUAAAAAUAGAGAAUGAUGUGU